UCUCUCUCUCUCUAUCUCAGUACCAAAGAAGAUAAAAAUUUGGGGUGAAAUUGGGAGCCCGGGAGACGAGUAGUUUUCAAAUUCCACCCCAUCCCCACCCCUCCCUCCUCACCACCUGCUUUUGCUCUCUCUCUCUCUCUCUCUCUCUCUCUCUCACAAUUCACGUUUCUCUCCUCUCUCCCUUUUUGGGUUCUCAAAUACGUUUCGCUCCCGCCAAAAACCCACCCCCUCUCCCCCACCCCUCACACCUCUCUCUCUCUCUCUCUCUCUCUCUCUCUCUCUCUCUCUCGCUCGCUCGCGCCCCCGCCACGUGCGCUGGGGCGAAACCCUACUUCUCCCCCUCUCCAAACCCCCUCUCUCCUCUCUCCCCUCCUUUCCUUCUCCGUGUGCGUACAAAAUAUAACGCAUCCUUUGUACGCAUCCCCUCUCUCUCUCUCUCUCUCUCUCUCUCUCUCUCUCUCCACACCUGUCCCCUUCUCCUCUCUCGCUCUCUAGGGCGCUCUGCGGCUGUUGGCGGCGGCGAUCGGCUUCGUCGCGGAGCCGACCGAUCGGUAAUCCUGGAUCAUAUAGUUAUCUAGGCGCAAAGGAUAGUACCUACCUUGAGACAGCUGACACUUAAAUGUUCUUUUCUUCCACUUUGUUACCUGAGCAUGGGGCGAGAAUGGCAAGGAAUCCUGGUUCUGCAGAGUCAACAGGUAAGAAGAGAGGUAGAGGAAAACUGCCAAAAAGUGAAGAAAAAAUUACAGAUGAUGCCAAAACGGAACAUAAAACACCAACAGAUUUAAAGGAAAAUCAUGCGAACAGAAUAAAAAAUGAUGAAGAGCCUAUAGUCUCCAAGAGGCCAAAGAGAGCUGCUGCAUGUUCUAACUUCAAGGAGAAAUCUCUCCGAUUGUCCGAAAAGUCCACAUUAAUCAAUACCAAGAAAAAUCGUGUUGAGGAUGAAGAAAUAGUUGCUGUGGAAUUAACCAAACUAGGCCCAGAAGAUCCUCCACCCUGUAGGAAACUAAUAGAUUUCAUCUUGCACGAUGCUGACGGAAACCCACAGCCGUUUGAGAUGUCUGAAAUCAAUGAUUUUUUCAUUACUGCUUUGAUUAUGCCCAUGGAUGAUAAUUUGGAAAAAGAGAAAGAAAGAGGAGUGAAAUGUAUAGGAUUUGGACGAAUUGAAUCUUGGGCAAUUUCUGGAUAUGAUGAAGGUUCACCGGUUGUUUGGAUUUCAACUGAAACUGCCGACUAUGAAUGUGUAAAACCAGCAAGCAGCUAUAAGAUUUUCUAUGAUCAUUUUUUCGAGAAGGCGCGGGUUUGUAUUGAAAUUUAUAGAAAAUUAGCAAGAUCGACUGGUGGCAAUCCUGAUAUGAGCCUUGAAGAAUUACUUGCUGGGGUUGUCCGUUCCAUGAGUGGACAUAAGAGUUCGAGUGGAUCAAUCAGUAAAGAUUUUAUCAUCUCUCUUGGCGAGUUCAUAUAUAACCAGCUAAUUGGAUUGGAUGAGACAUCAGGGAACAACGACGUGCCUUUAGCCACUAUGCCGGCUCUUCUUGCUCUAAGAGAUGAAUGUAGAAAUAGAAUAGAUUUCAACAAGUUUAAUCCAAGUGUCUCAAAUGGGAGUUUGAAGAUCAAGGAUGGAGAAAAGGAAGAGACAAUUGAGGAUGAAGAUGCGAAAUUGGCCAGACUGUUGCAAGAGGAAGAAGAGUGGAAGCUUAUGAAGCAGCAGAGAAGCCGCCGUGGGUCAAAUUCCCAAAAGAAUGUCUACAUUAAGAUUAGUGAAGCAGAGAUUGCUAAUGACUAUCCUCUACCUGCAUAUUAUAAACCCUCCGUUGAAGAAAUGGAUGAGUACAUCUUUGACAGUGAUAGUAUCUAUCCUGAUCUUCCGAGAAGAGUUCUUAACAACUGGGCUCUGUAUAAUUCUGAUUCGAGGCUUAUUUCCUUAGAACUCAUCCCAAUGAAACCCUGUGCAGAAAUUGAUGUGAUGAUCUUUGGUUCUGGUUGUAUGAGAGAGGAUGAUGGCAGUGGGUUCUGUUUAGAGACUGACCUAGCUCAGUCUGGUUCAAGUUCAUCCGAUCAACUUGAUGUUGGAGGCGUUCCAGUUUAUCUAAGCUCAAUCAAAGAGUGGAUGAUAGAGUUUGGGUCUUCAAUGAUUUUCGUUUCUGUUAGAACCGACGUGGCCUGGUACAGGCUAGAGAAACCCACAAAACAGUAUGCUCCAUGGUAUGAACCAGUACUUAAAACUGCAAGGCUUGCUAUAAGUAUCAUUACCCUGUUGAAAGAACAAAGCCGGGUUUCAAGGCUUUCUUUUGCUGAUGUGGUUAAGAAAGUUUCAGAGUUUGACAAAGGACAUCCGGCGUAUAUAUCUUCAAAUUUAGCCCUGGUUGAGAGAUACAUUGUUGUACAUGGGCAAAUUAUUCUUCAGCAAUUUGCUGAAUAUCCAGAUGAUACUAUCCGCAAAUCUGCCUUUGUCACUGGUCUGGCGGUCAAGAUGGAGGAGCGACGGCACACAAAGCUGCUAAUGAAGAAAAAAGUUUUGGUGCAGAAAGGGGCAAACUUAAACCCAAGUGCUUCAAUGGGCCCUAUAUUAUCAAAAAGAAAAGUGAUGCGUGCUACCACCACAAAGCUGAUCAAUAGGAUAUGGGGAGAUUAUUACUCAAAUUAUUUCCCAGAGGGUUCAAAAGAGGGUGGAGGGAAUGAAGCAAAAGAAAUUGAAGAGGAACAAGAAGAGAAUGAGGAGGAUGAGGUUGAAGAGGAUGAAAUAUCAGUUCAAGAGGAGAAGACUUUGAAGGUUCAGCCAUCCUGUCAGACAAGAAAAUCCAGAUCCAAUAACAAGGAAAUAAAGUGGGAGGAAGAACCAAUCGGGAAAAUGGUUUCGGGUGAAAAUCUUUAUAAAUGUGCUAUUGUUCAUGGAGUUGAAAUUGCUCUUGGCAGGGUGGUGACUGUAGAAACCGAUGAAUCAGAAGAAGUGCCUAUGCUACUAGUGGAGUUCAUGUACGAAAAAAAUGACGGCACGAAAAUGGCUCAUGGCAGGACAAUGAAGAGAGGGUCACAGACUGUUCUUGGAAAUGCAGCGAACGGGAGGGAGGUUUUCUUAACCAAUGAAUGCAUGGACUUUGAAUUAGGAGAUGUAAAAGAAUCUAUAACUGUAAAUAUUCGAUUGUUGCCCUGGGGGCACAUGCAUAGAAAGGAGAAUACUAUUGCGGACAAGAUGGAUAGAGCAAGAGCUGAAGAGAGAAAGAAGAAAGGAUUGCCUACGGAAUACUACUGUAAAAGUUUAUACUGGCCUGAGAGAGGUGCUUUCUUUGCCCUUCCGUAUGAUAGUUUGGGUAUUGGAAGUGGUGAAUGCUACUCUUGCAAACAAAAAGAGCUGGGUAGGGAUGAGUUUAAAGUAAUCUCCAAGACUAGCUUUGUCUAUAAAAAGAUAGAGUACAGUCUUCAUGACUUUCUGUAUGUUAGACCUCAAUUUUUUGCUGAUGAGGAGGAGGCCCGUGGCACGUUUAAGGCUGGCAGAAAUGUGGGUCUAAGAGCCUAUGUGGUGUGUCAUUUGCUGGAGAUUGAGGCUUCUGCGGGUUCUAAACAAGCUAGUCUGUCAUCAACAAAGGUCAAAGUGAGGAGAUUCUACAGGCCUGAAGAUGUUUCAGCUGCAAAAGCUUACUCCUCUGAUAUUAGAGAAGUGUAUUACAGUGAAGACAUAGUAACUGUGCCAGUGGCGAUGAUAGAUGGGAAGUGUGAGAUUAGAAAGAAAAACAACCUUCCAACUUUGGAGCUCCCGUUGAUUAUGGAUCAUAUAUUCUUCUGUGAAUAUUCUUACAAUCCUCAAACUGGAUCUCUCAAGCAGUUGUCUGCCAAUAUUAAACUCUCGUCUCCGACACAGAAGUUAGCUAACACUAAUUCGAGAAAGAACAAGGGAAAGGGGGUUUGUGAAAGUGACAAAAAUAAUUCAGACAAAUGGACAGAUGUACCACAAGAAAACCGAUUGAAAACUCUCGAUGUCUUUGCUGGUUGUGGAGGGCUAUCAGAGGGUUUGCAGCAAUCUGGUAUCUCCUUUACAAAAUGGGCGAUUGAAUAUGAACAGCCAGCCGGAGAAGCUUUUGGUGAAAACCAUCCAGAAACGUUGAUGUUCGUAGAUAAUUGCAAUGUGAUUCUAAGAGCUAUUAUGGAGAAGUGUGGGGAUGUUGAUGACUGUAUUUCAACUACUGAGGCUGCUGAACUAGCAGCUAAGCUCGACGAAGAAAAGAUUAAGAAUCUGCCAGUGCCUGGUCAAGUAGAGUUUAUCAAUGGAGGACCUCCAUGCCAGGGAUUUUCUGGGAUGAACAGAUUUAACCAAAGCACUUGGAGUAAAGUUCAAUGUGAGAUGAUCUUGGCGUUCCUAUCUUUUGCUGAAUAUUUCCGUCCCAAGUACUUUCUUUUGGAGAACGUUAGAACCUUUGUUUCUUUCAACAAAGGCCAGACGUUCCGACUAACUCUUGCUUCACUCUUGGAGAUGGGAUAUCAGGUUCGGUUUGGGAUUCUAGAAGCUGGCGCUUAUGGCGUUUCGCAGUCAAGGAAAAGAGCUUUCAUCUGGGCAGCUGCUCCGGACGAAGCCCUUCCGGAAUGGCCGGAGCCUAUGCAUGUCUUUUCUGCCCCUGAGCUCAAAAUAUCGAUGCCUGGUGAUGUGCACUACGUUGCUGUUCGGAGCACCGCUGGAGGGGCUCCUUUUCGGUCUGUCACUGUAAGGGAUACAAUUGGUGAUCUUCCCCCUGUAGAGAACGGAGCUUCUAAACCUACCAUUGAUUAUGGUAGCGAGCCAAUCUCCUGGUUCCAGAAGCAAGUUAGAGGAAGAAUGGUCUCCUUGAACGAUCACAUAUCUAAAGAAAUGAAUGAACUUAACCUAAUUCGGUGCCAACGCAUUCCGAAGCGUCCGGGUGCCGAUUGGCGUGACCUGCCAGAUGAGAAAGUAAAACUGUCCACAGGGCAAAUGGUGGACCUGAUACCAUGGUGCUUGCCUAACACAGCUAAGAGGCACAACCAAUGGAAGGGACUUUUCGGAAGGUUGGACUGGGAAGGUAACUUCCCUACUUCCAUUACAGAUCCCCAGCCCAUGGGAAAGGUCGGCAUGUGCUUCCACCCCGACCAAGAUCGCAUCCUCACUGUUCGCGAAUGUGCUCGAUCUCAAGGUUUCCCAGAUAGCUACUGUUUCUUAGGCAACAUUCAGAAUAAACAUAGGCAGAUUGGGAAUGCUGUGCCGCCUCCUCUCGCCUACGCGCUGGGGAGGAAACUGAAGGAAGUUAUAGACGCGAAGCGUUCUUCAGCCUGACUGGAUUUGUUGUAGCAUGGAGGGCUCCUCUGUCUAAUUUUUCAGUGGUGCCAUUACACCAACAUUGGUUCUGCUUCUUUCUUGUACAUGUCCUAUACCUGUUAUACUCAUUUUGGAAACUUGAUAACAACAUUGAGAAACAUCUCCAGAACCCUGUUGUAAUUUUUCUUUUACUUCUCAACCAUCUGUUGUGUGACAAACUUGAAGAAAUAUUCAGUUGAGACCCCUGGAAAUCGGCAUAGUUGUUAUCUUCGAUGGUUGUAAGAUGACAUACUGCAAAAAUAGCAGCUCUUUAUUUC